UAUCAUUCUCAAAUUGACUCCCUACUCUGUUGUCUUAGGUGCCUCUAUUAUUCAAUACUGUGAACAACUUGCAUUCCCUGUGUUUAACAACAACUUAGUCGUUAAUGAGGCCGGGGAAGAUCUGAAGGCUGAACUUUGGAAUUGUCGGUAUAUAUCUUACCUCCACAGAGUGCCUUCUACAUGAAUCUGUAAACAACUUAGUUCUGUAGGAGUAAACUGCCCAAACUAGAUGCGUAAUGGUGGAAAUGUCGUCCACAGUAUAUCAUGUUUUCUCCAAGAUUUCGGAUGGAUAAGAAGCAAAAGUGUCGACUAGAAAUGCCAUCCUUUAGAAUGUUCCUUGUUGGUGAUGACUUCUCUCAGCAUCUGCGUAUACCACCUGCAUUUAUCAAGAACUUCAAUGGACGAAGACUUGGCAAAUGUACUAUGAGAGGCCCCACUGGAAAAUGUUGGGCCGUGGAACUGGAACAGAGACGGGAUGGCUUGUUCUUCCAUAAUGGUUGGCCUGGUUUUGUGAAGGAUCAUUUUUUAGAAUCUGAGGACUUUCUGAUCUUCAAUUAUGAUGGUGGCUCAGAGUUUGAUGUCACCAUCUAUGACAAAACUUGUUGCGAGAAGGAUGUAAAAGCAGCAGCCAAGAGGCCUGCAAGUGAUCAUUUGGCAGAAACAUCAACUGGGGGGCCCAUCUUGUUCAGAUCGGAGAAUGCGUGUUUUACAAAAACUUUUAAGCCCCAUAACCUAUAUAGUUUAUUGAUUCCAAAGUCUAUAGCCGUAACUGAAGGACUUAUGAGCUCUGAAGGCAUUUUGAUCAAAGAGACUAUAGUGCUUCAAGAUCGAACAGGGAGAUCAUGGCUUGUUCAACUUGAUGUCACCUCUGAUGGUCGUUUGGUGAUGACAAGAGGAUGGAAGACAUGUCGAGCCACAAACCAGAUUUCAUUUGGGGACACCAUCAUUUUUGAGUUUGUGAAGCAAGGUGUGAUACUACUUCAUAUUUUCAGAGUCAGAGGCGAAGGCAAUAGCUCUUCUGUCGAGGUUCUUUCAGGCGUUCUGCCCCGGAAGUCCAGUAAAAACCUAUAGCCAGUUAGUUAACUGCAAGUUUUCACAUUGCAACAUCUACAACUUGCCUAUGUUGAGUUCAAGUGUUGCAGUCGGAAUUGCUCCUCCUUCCGAAGAGAAGCGUUUUGCAGAGAAUUCUCACUGUGAUGAGAGCACUAGAUAAAACGAAUAUGCUUGCUGAAUCUUUGUUGUCCACUCAUCUAGCUGUUCUAUUAAAGUUGGUUGUAUUUGUGAUUAGUUCAUAAUAUUGUUCCGAACUGUCAAACGGAGAUAUUUUCAGGGGAACAUAAAACAAAUGAGUUUCGUGAAAUCUGAGCACGAUGGAGAUUAUUUAUCAUGCAAC